AUGUUGAGCGGUAGUGGUGGUGAUUGGGGCAUCGAUGGUUGUGGCAUUGCUGGCGAUGGUGGUGGUGGUAUUGAUGAUGAUGGUGGUAUUAAUGGUGAUGGUGUUAUUGAUGGUGGUGGUGGUAUUGAUGGUGGUGGUGGUAUUGAUGGUGAUAGUGGUAUUGAUGGUGAUUGUGGCAUCGAUGGUUGUGGCAUUGCUGGCGAUGGUGGUGGUGGUAUUGAUGGUGAUGGUGGUAUUUAUGGUGAUGGUGUUAUUGAUGGUGGUGGUGGUAUUGAUGGUGGUAGUGGUAUUGAUGGUGGUAUUGAUGGUGGUGGUGGAUGA